CUUCUUAUCAAGGAUAACCUUCCCUGCAAGCAUCUUGUUCUCUCUAUGGAGGAAACGUUGGUUAACCUUCUUCAGGAUGAUGCAAGUUGGACUCGUUCUGCUUAUGCUUCGAAGAUCUCACCCGACUUGCCACCUCCAUGCUACAACUUCUGACCUUUAGACUUUUCCUCAGAAGAGAGGUUGAUCUGCUGAAGGGUACCUUCAGACAGUCUCUGUUUUUUGUCCGCGCCACUUUCUUCUUCGAAGUCUUCAUCUGAAUUCCAGUCUCGGUGGACCAACUGUAACUUCCGGCAAGGAGAGUAUCCUCAGCGAAGGUCUGGAUACUUUAGAGGUUGGUCUGAUUUAAGUUCAGCUCUCUACCAGUCGCCCGGAGAGUCUACUAUACGAUCUUCCAUUUCUUUCGCAAUCUGAUUAAGAGAAGUACCGGGGGUUAUUUGUAUGCAUUUUCUCCAAGAGUGGCCGACUAAACCACAGAAGCUACAUAGUUUUGUCAGUCCUUUGUAAGCAAAAUGAACCCAGGUUGUUUCGUUAUUGUUGUUGAGGGCGAAAUCUCUGAAAAGAGAUUUACGGAGAUCAACUUCAAGCCUUAGAUGAAUCAUCUUACCUCUGGUGGGAAUACUCAUCUGAAUUUCCUUAUUUUCUGGCAAAUCUCUUCCUGUUGCAGAGGCAAAAAGUUUGUAGUGAUGGUCCGAAAUGAAUCUACGGGGGAUAUCAUGCAUCUGCACCCAGAGCCUUCUGGUGCCAUAUCUUUACCUUUUUACCAGGUUUGACAUCUAUCCAUCUUCAACCAGCAUCCAGCUAGAACGGAUAAACCAAGGCCCUCUAUCCACUACCUUUUGCAUAUCAUCCUUACUCUCAAAGAGCCCAUGCACUUCUCACAAAGGCCUUGACAUUUUCUUUCGCUACCUGGAUUCAAGGAAAGAUACAUCCUCUGAGAGUUCGCUGGAUGUGGUCUUCCACUUCAGCAAUUGGUUCUACCGGUAUCUCCAUGAAAGAGCCCAUUAUUCUCACAUGUUUCGCAAGGUCUUCACCUAGCUCAGAUAUCUGUUUUGCUAACAGACUUUCUGUCACCUGAUGUGCUUCAUUUAAUUCCUCACCAGAUUUAUCAUCUUCCAUUGUAGAAGGGGAGAGAAGAAGCAAACUGGAGGAUAGCAGAAAAGGAAAAAACUCAUUGAACAGAACAGAAGCUGCACAGGAUCAGCAAAUUCUCAUAGGAGCAGAAACAAAUAUUUCGAUGUCUGUUCUCAAAUUCGAAUUCGAGUCAAAGGUUCAAAGUAUGGAAGCUGAAAAACAAGUAUAUCUUGAGAAGUCAUCAGUGAAACUAAUGAAAUAUCCGUAACCUCCUUCAACAAUAAUAGUAGUAGGGCCCUAUACAUCAGAGUGAACAAUUUGAAAUGGAAACUCAGCAAUUUUAUUUCUUGGAGGAAAACUUGUUCUACAAUGUUUGUUUAAAGGACAAGUUGGGCACUAAAGUGAAGACUCAGACAUUGACUUAAAUGCAUUGGAAACAAGACUCCCAAAGACAGAAAAGACAAAUGACCCAAGCGGUAAUGCCACAAUAAAAGCUGGGCUUUAUUAGACGGACUCUCAAACUGACUCACAAAACUUGUUGUAUUACUUGACUCCAAAGCAGCAACUUCAUCCAGAAUGUAGAGACCAUCAACUACAAGACCCGUACCAAUCGUUCUCCCAAAAGUCAAAUCCUGGAAAACAUAGAAAUCAGAAAAAAAAUGUUACACUGCAACCUUUUGGAAUUGCAUAACAACCUCUAUCAGUACCUCCAUGCUGCUUUGACGGACAUUCCUCAAAUUUUCCAUGUCCAGAUGGGGUCCUGGAGCUGGAACCUAUGAGUCCUUACAACCGCCUUCUUGUCCAUCGCCUUGCAGAUAUUUUUGGGUUUUCCCAUAACUCUGUUGGUGAUGGAGAUGAUCGCCAUUUGAUUUUGGAGCGUUGUCCAGAAUCAGCAAUACCUCCCAUCCUUGUUAGUGAUAUUUUGUGGCAGUAUGAUGAAUGUCAAUCUCCAACAACACACCAACUACUAAGGAGAAAAGAAGCUUUACCAGACUCAACAAGAAGGCUGCCUUCAUUUCGAUCAUCACUUGAGGAAAGGGAGGCAGCUUAUCUGGCUGCUCGUCAACGAAUCUUUUCUAUAGAUGACAGUGAGGCCAAACAAUCUGUUGGCAAAAAGCCACGGAACAUCCCUGUGGUUGCUCGCCGGAUGAUUGCACAUGCAUUGGGUCAAAGAAUUAACCUGUCCAAUGAGGUCACUCUUCCAAACAAUAUAGAAUAUGAAGGGGAAAAGGAGAAAUUGAACAGUAGAGAGAACAAUGAAGUUUGUCAUAGUUCAAGCUUGGAACUUUCUCGGGAAAGACUCGCAUGCAGCCAGAAGUUGACAUUGCAACCUAGUAACUCAUGUGGUAAACCAACAGCAAGAAGCCUAGCAAGUGAUGAUGCAUCGCAGACAGAAAAGAUGCAGGAAUCAUCCCAUAACAAAUCCUCAAGUUUUGGUAUGUUGCAGAAUGGAAGCUAUGGCAGAGAUGUUUGCAGGGACAGUAUGAAACAAGAGCAUUUGGGAGCUGCAAGGAGAAUGCUUGCUCAUGCUUUGGGCCGAAACUCAGUCAAGGAGAACCCUGGUCUCGUGAAAUGCAGUCAAACAAAACCUAUUGACCAUGAAUAGAUACUGAAAAGAUGAGCUAAAUAAUCAUUUCACUCGAGAGCAGCACUCGUGACUUUGUUGACCAGAGAAAGCACAAAUAAGCAUUUAUAUGAUAAAGCGGUUGGUUGGUAUGAUACCUUCAGGGAACUAAGGUGGGAAUCUGAAAUCAUGACUCGUGAUAUAUGACAAUUUCAUAGCUUCCCAAAAACUUUUUAUACAUGCUUGUUCAUGGGAAAUACUAAAAAGGGUCGAAUGUUGUAAUUGGGCAAAGGAGAGCUAGCCAGGGAUCUUAUGGGAAACAGAGGUUUCAGUAUGUUGCUGAUCUGAAAAGAGUUUACGAGCUGAAUCUGCAUAUUGUUUAGUUCUCAGCCAAGAGAAAUUGAUACUUGGGCUUCUGUGAUAUAUUUGUCCAGCCGUGGGUUUGUUUUUGAA